AUGACUGAUGAUAAAAUCAAAUUUGCUGUCCAUAAUUGUAUUAAGACAUAUGAAUUAACGUCAAAGUCGAAGAGAUUUUCUAGACUAACAUUUGAACAUGAAUCAAAGAUAGCCAAGUCGAUCAAUUUGAACCAUAAAGAGAAAUUUUUGGACAUUCUAUCCAAAAGAGAUCAUUACAUUGGGAAGUUGAAUAAACUACUAAAUGAUUCAAUAACAGAUGAAGCAGAUCACAGCAGCAAGGGUCAAAACAGACUAGUAGCCGGGCCAGAUCCAAGGUACAUCACCAAUAGACAUCAUGCGAAGCAAUAUAUCAUAAAUAACGUAUUGCCAAACACAAAUAAACUGCAAAUAAUAGAACAAUUAAUAUCUAAGCAUUCUAAACUUCAAGACAAUUACAAGGAGUCUAGAGAGUCCAUUUUAAAGGGACAUAAGGAUUCAAUUAAAAAUUUACAACCAAAUACGAAGUUAUCAAAGUUAUCAAAUAUAAAUGCACAAAUUAAAGAUCAUAGCAUAAAUAACAAACGAGUUGAACUAACCAAUGAAUUGGAUGCGUUAGACGAUAUGAUAAUAUUCAAUUCAAAACAGUAUAGUAUUGAAACUUAUGAAACGUUACAGAGUUUGAAGAUACCUUACUUUUUUAUCGAUGAGAUGUACAAAUAUCCUCAAUUAGAUGAUGAUAGGGUAUAUAUGCUAGACUUAUUAGUUGAUUUGUUAACUGAAAAGAAACCUGUAAAUAGAUAG